AUAUACGGACCCUCUGUUUUUUUUCAUAAAAAAAUUAUCCUUCUUUCCUGUUGGGAUUCGUGGUGAUGGGAAAACCAACGGCUCAGUCCAUCUUCUUUGAUCCUUUCUGGAAAUGGGCUUUGGUUAUUUGCGGAGAUUAGCAGGAAUUAGGCAUCAAAAUUUGAUCUUGACUAGGAUAUUCUUUGUUUUCUUUUUUUUUUCUUUGACUGGUUCUUGUUUUAUUCCCAUUUCAGGAACCCUUUCUGUGAGAUUUCUUUGUACGAUUGAGCAUUUAGGCCACACCAAUUCUUUCCUCUUUUCCUGCUCCAGACAGUCCUUACUUUCUCUGAAAUUUUGUUGCGUUCUUUAUUCUUUUCUCCUUUUUUUUCCCUUAAUUUUUUCCUCCUCUGUUGAUUCCUUUUGAUGGUACAUUGGUUUCUCUCUUUUUAUCUACUUCUUGUGUUUUGUUGUUGCUUGUGGUAUUCUCCUUUAGAUGUGAGGCUACUGGUAUGGUAUUUUUCUAAAAGGCCUGGUUCUGAUUCCCAACUGCGAAGAGCAAGAGGAGGCGAUGGAAGGGGGCACCUUCUCAGGCGUUGGCAAUGGAGCUCAAGUGGACAACAAAAUUCUCCAGAGUUUCCAGAAGAGCUUUGUCCAGGUCCAGAGCAUCUUGGAUCAGAAUAGGCUGUUGAUCAAUGAGAUCAACCAGAACCAUGAGUCGAAGGUCCCCGACAACCUUAGCCGGAAUGUUGGCCUCAUCCGAGAGCUCAACAACAACAUCAGGAGGGUCGUCGACCUUUACUCCGACCUCUCCAGCUCCUUUACCAAGUCCAUGGAGUCGUCGGAGGGGGACUCAGCCGGCACGCUUAGGUCCGAUGGGAAGGCUGGCCAGAAGAGAACUAGGGCUGGGUAGAGGCGAAGGCAGCCAGAGCCCCUUGUAUUCCUUCAUAGUAGCACAGAGUUAAUGGCAGUAGGAUUGGACCUUGAUAACUUAGUAGAGAAAGAGAGAGAGAGAGAGAGUAUAGUCCUCGGUUGCACAAUAAUAGGUGAUUUCUUGCAUUGUUGUAAUUCCCAUCUAACUCCACUUUUCUCUUUGCUCUCGCUGAAAUGAUGCUCUGUCUGCGUUCUAAAGUAGUCUAAUUUUCUUACGGUUGUAGUGUUCUUGUAUCUGUCCUAUGGACAUACCUUUGUUGGAAGUUCCUAUAGAAAUAGAGUGAGCAUUCCAACUUUUCAUAUACAUUGUUGUUGAUU